AUGGAGAGGCGGCGGCGGUCAGACGGGCUGUGGCUGCUGCCGCGGCGACAUCGCCCUGACGCGGGGUUGGGGACACGCGGGGACGGGGACACGCUCCGCCGCUCGCUCUCGCUUCUCUCCCUCUCCCUCGACGUCUCGGCGGCACCGUCCGUCUGUCAGUCCGUCCGUCAGUCAGUCCGUCCGUCCACCAGAGCCGCCGGGGCGCCGCCGCCGCCUCCGCCCGCGCCGGCCCGCCGGCCGGCCGGCACACCGACAGGCACACCGACCGACCGGCACACCGACCGACCGACCGACAGACACACCGACGGCCCCCGAAGCCCGGUGGAAGCGGCGUUAGCGAAAGCAUCUGGUUCUCCCCUGCUCCCCGGGGGGCACAGACCGCUGCUGCCCACCCCCCACCUUCCCGGGGGUCCGGGGUGCCCCCGCACCGCUGCGGUUAUCGUGGGGCUCUGCCCGUCCGCCCCAACACACACACAACCCCCCAAAAAACCCCGCUCGGGAGAGGCGGCAGCGCAGACCGAGGGAGGCUGCUCCCCCUGGACGGAGGGGGCAGUGGGGUGCCCCCCAUCCGCCUCACCCCCUAACGGGAACCCUGACCCAGAGCAGGCGUUUGAGAGGCGAAAGUGCCCGCGCUUUUUUCCACCAGGAUCCGAAAAUCAAACCCCGCCAUCCCCAGGCUCCCCCGAGUCUUCUGUGCCCCCGGGACACUCGUGUCCCGACGUGGGGGCACCCACGGGAGCCCCAGAGGCGGGGGGAAAUAAUCCCCCAAGGCCACAGGGAUGGGCGGCACAGUCCCUUCCUAGGGCCGGGCCUCUGAGUCGGGAUGGAUUUUUUGGUUUUCACUGCAUUUCGCAAUUCGCCCAGAUCCGAUCCCACCCUGGUCUGAGCCCCCAGCCCCUGGCAGGUCCGAACCCACCCGUACUGAGCAGGGAACCGGCCGGGAUGUUCCAGAGCAACCUCGCUCGGCCUCGCUGAGGGACAUUAGAAGCGUACAAAUAAAAAGAAAGAG